AUGAAUAGAGGUGACGAUCUCCCCGAUACCCCACCGGCGAUCCAGACCUCUCAGCCCAAGUACCGCGUGGGCGAGGAACUCAUGGCGAACUGCACUUCUCCGCGUUCAAGGCCCCCGUCUCGACUGGAAUGGCUCGUCAAUGGAAAGCAGGUGGAGAAGCACUGGGUGUCCUCAUAUCAAGAGACGGAGGACGACGAAGAGGCGGAGGAGGAGGAAGGGGGACUGUGGACGACGACGACGGCCCUGAGCCUCCCCCUCAACGCCCAUUCCAUGGGGGUACGAGGACCCACCGCCUCCACGAAGGAGUGGCUCCUCGCCCUUCGAUGCAACGCCCAGAUCGGUUCUGUCUACGACAGACACACCGAGAAGAUCAUUCUCAUUGAUCUCCAGGAUCCGGAGCCUCCGAUGAUCCAGACUUCCAAGAAAAAGAGGCAGGAACAUGCUUUCAAAGGAGACCUUGUCGUGCGAGGUAAAAUAUGUGGAGGGAAGCAUCUCUGGGGACCCAGCUCGUUUGCAUAUCUUGGGGAAGGGACGGAAGUUUGA